GGGGGUUCGCGAGCAAGCUCGGUUUGGUUGAUUCGCGAUUGAGGAGAGCGACGCGUAUGGCCGCUGGGUCAGGCAGGUGGCAGGUAUCCAAUAGUGGGCGGGCUUAUUGGUAUUUAUGGUUCAAUUGGUAGGUGUAUGUAUUGCACAAGGUGGUGCUUGAAGCUUACAACCACGGGCAGGCGCCUGGAGCAGGAAGCGGGAGCUCAUCGCGGGGCUGACUGACACCCGCCGUUCCACACGCCUCGUCAUUCCGAAACAGGAGCUUGGCCGAGCAAGGCCGACACCAGGCGGCCUGGGGAGCUGUGCCUGCCGCCCGACGUCACUCACAACUGGAAUUUGCGGGCAUUUCACCUGCCGUUUGAGGAAAUUAGCUCUCACACCACAAGUGGAAACCCCCAGGCACACCCGAGAGCUUCAAGUGGCAGUCACGAUCAUCCAUCCACCUUCCUUGACAGGACCUCAGUCUGGGGGGCUAGCCUAGAUUCACGCUAUGGCCUGUCACCAUGCGUUUCUGGCCGUGAGCCCCUCUUCCGGACGGCACUUCCCCACAGCAUCCGGCUCCUUGCGUCUUCAAAUACAAACCAGUCUCUCAAGACCGCGAGGAUCUGUGGCCUAGCAUCCACGGCGGGAGCCUUGCACUGCCUUUCAUGCCCACCAAGUCAUGCCCAUCCUUCCGCUCUCCCAGGACACCGCGCGCCUUCUCCGUGCCCACGUCGUCAUAGCCACGCCCCUGUCCAUCGUCAAGGAGCUCGUCGACAACGCCAUCGACGCGCACGCCUCCGCCGUCGAGGUCCUGAUCUCGCCCAACACCGUCGACAGGAUCGAGGUCAGGGACAAUGGCGGCGGCGUCGGCCCGUCGGACUACGAGGCCCUCGGGCGCCACGGCCACACGAGCAAGCUCGGCGGCGGCCUCGAGGAGCUCAAGGCGCUCGGCGGCAAGUCCCUCGGGUUCAGGGGCGAGGCCAUCGCCGCCAUGUGCGCCGUGGGCAGGGUGACCGUCACCACCAGGACGGCGGGGGAAAAGAUGGCGGCGGUGUUCGAGCUGCUGCCCGCGGGCAAGGGUGCGCUCAAACCUGCGAGGAAGCCGACGUCUGUGGGCACGACGUUGGCUGUCGCCGACGUGUUUGCUCGGUACCCCGUCCGAAGGAAGGCCGCCAUCAAGGAGUCGCGAGCAACCUUGAUCAAGAUCAAGCAGCUCCUCGCGGCAUAUGCCCUGGUGAGACCUUGUCUCAAGGUAUCACUGAAGGAGCUCGGAUCGUCAUCAUCGUCCCCAUGGUCAUACUCGCCACGGCCUGGCUCGGGAACCAAAGAAGCCGCUUUGAGUCUCUUCGGCCGCGAUCUUGCUGCCCAGUGUGUCGAGAGCUCUUCAUUGACCCCGUUCACUCAUGUGUGUUCCGAAAAUGCGAUGGAAGAAAUUGUCAGAAUCGAGGCGCUCAUCCCCGGACCCAACGCCGAUCUAGCCAAGAUAUCGAAAGGAAGUUUCCUCGCUGUGGAUUCUCGUCCGGUAUCGUCAGCUCGAGGCACAUUCAAGAAAAUCGUUUCUAGCUUCAAAAGACACCUGCGCCACUGCACUGACAUGACCAGCAACACUGCGCUAAAGGACCCUUUUAUUGCUCUAAACAUUCUGUGUCCCACUGGAAGUUAUGAUGUGAAUCUCGAGCCAGCAAAGGACGAUGUGCUAUUCGUUGAUGAACAAGCCAUUCUCAGGGCCUGCGAGAUGAUAUUUGAAAGAGCUUACAAAGCACGUGAGCCGGUGGGAGAUCGACAGGGCCUCGCUGGCCGUGGUGGGAGAGAAACCCGUGAUGAAGUCGAUCUGUGCUCGAGUGAGGCCUUUGAGCGCGCCCAGACAUCUACAAGCAAGGGGCUUCACUCUGGUGCAGAUCGAUCAGAGACAGAGGACGACCCAACGCCUGACAAGCGCCACAGAAAAACUAUCAUUACAACUGCCAGUGACCCAGGUGACCGUGGACGGCCCCAGUCAAUAGCCGAUUCUUCGGAGCGCUCCAGGGACAGUGUGGCCCCAUCUACCCUGCAACUGGUAGCGCGAAGGGCACUGAACUGGGCCGUCAACAUGGACGCCGAUGAAAUAAACGAGGAUGACUCACCCGCCAAGGAGACUGGCAGCAGUACACCACCGACGGAAGAUGACGAGGCUUCGCAAUAUCUUGAAGGUGUCAACCCUUGGAUGUUGGCGAAAAUGAAUGCAGCGACGAGGCGGCCUCAUCCAUCUGCCCCAGUCGUAUCAGGUUCACACCCGUCGGCUCGUUUGGGCCCGCCCCCUACACCAAUCGCCAGGGAUAUCCCCCGGGAAGAGUCUCUGGAGGAUGAGGACAUAUCGCCAGAUGAUUCAGUCUCUGUGGUUCAAGACCUAGCUGUCCCCGGCUCACGACACCCCUUCGGACCUCGCACUGUUCAGACGCAAGCACCGGUCCCCGGGGGACCAUUCCGAGCUCCUUUGCCAAGAGGAGGGCGUCAACAGCAACCUCAAAGAAGCAGCACUCAACAAGUCGACACGAGCAGCGCACUUUGGAUGCCGACGCAAUCCCAGGCCGAAACCAGAGCUCGUGCGCGGGUGGCUGCCCGCCAUGGACAGGGGAAGAGUACAGGGGCUCGGGGUAGCUUGCAACAGAUAAGGCUUCCAAGCUGGAAUCCCGCGCGUCCGUCAAGGGCCCGCGAACAAGGAGGUACGACCUCCGCAGCACCUUCAAGCUCUCCUUCAACUCGGAGAGAUGAAGCAGCGGCAGACCGCGAGCUUCUUGAGAGUACGAGAAUGGGGCUGCCAAGACCGCCGAGCCUGCCCAGACGGGAAAAUCGUCGAAACACUACGCCAUUACCAUCGUUUACUUCGGCAUGGACGGUGCUGAACAAGAUCGCACACCGCGAAGCCGACACGCCGGUUGCUUCCAAUCGGACGAAAGAUGGCAGGAAAUGUCACGCACACGCAAGGGAGCAACCCCCAAUGGUUGCUCAGAGGAGCGAGCUUGACGGACCUCCAGCACAUCUAGAUACACUCGAUGACAACGGGUUUCUGGAACUGCCGACCAAGGACACCCUCGGGCUCGUGAUGUGGGCCGACACCGGUUCACUCGAGCACUUGUCUCAGGGAUGCCGGCUGUCAAACGUUGAUAACUACAUGCUGACAGGGACCAUCCAGUACGGGUUGAGAAUCAUCGAUGCUGUCUCCAAGGCGCGCAUCGAGAAGUUUCUGCGUCACCAGCUCGCUGACACCCACGGAAGUGAGAGAAUCGCCGGUUGCAAUGUCAAGGUUAACCUCGGCGAGGCAAUGACAUGAUGGCUGCACAAAGUUAGUGACGUAUACAAUAGUUUCGGAGAUGGUUGGUUGGUAAUAUUGUUGCCUCCUAUGACGGGUCGAUUUGCUUGGACUAUAACUUCAUUUGUGGCUGCUGAUGAGCCGGUUGCUAUACAUGUGAUGUUCAAUCCACGCAUGGUCCAUAAUUGCGUAUAUGUACUUUAUCUACUUGCCUACCUACCUACCUUCCCACAUAGGGAGACGCGAGGAAGCGAAUGUUGCAGACGUCAGUGAGCUAUAAAUGCAUGUGCCGGAACGGAUAUAGGUCGA